AUGAGUAGAAGGAAUAUUUCUUAUGAGAAUGUGUACUCGUUUGCCAUGCUCAUGCAGGUGAUGGGUUGCUACUCCUUUAUACCCCAGGUUGAGCAUUUCCGUUGUCUCGACCAACAAUCUUCAUAUGGGAACAUGCCCGUUGAACCCUCGCUCUCCAAAAGCUGGGCCCACAUAGCUCGUGAACUCGGGGUGAGCUCACCAUUGAAGAGGUUUCUUAUCGAGGUUGAUUUCAAGGUCGCCAGGUCAGUUGGCGCUUUGAUGGCUGGCCAAAUUCGGGGUAGGCCAUCUGCCAAGAGAGUUUUAGACAAUCUUAGGCGGUCCAGAGCGGCAGAACAAGUACUUGGAUACAGAAAAUCGUAUUUGGACACUGAACAGAAUGCUGGUUUUGGAAAAUCACUCAGUCAUCACCUCCCACUUCUGGCCUUAACACUCUCCCGGGUUUUUAGCCAGUGGCUGAUGCAACUACCAUAUGGAUCAAUUGACCAUCUUUCUAGUAUAAAGCAUAUGGCUCGUGCUUUUAGGAUUCCAACCCUAUUGCGAUACGCUAUUUAUCACUCAAACCUCCUCAAACCCUCUGUGUUUUCCCAUUCUCAACUGAAUGAUAUAGGCAUGUCGAGCAAUAACAUGAACGCCCCAAUUAUCUCUCUCUGUCCCACCGAAUUACCUUCUCCUACGCCCAAAGCCUUGAGUUACGAAGAAGCCGCCAACAAAUGCCGAUCUGAUGUUUGGGCUAUCAUCAAAGAGUGCGAGCGAAUUAAUAUCAAAUUCAGUGACCCGGAAUUUGAUAUUGAGCAGGAUUUCGCCAGCUACGACCACAGUUGUCUAUUUGGCAUUGAAAGAGCCUGUGACGAUGAUGACGAGGAACAAUGCGCAAAACCAGGCUCGGUUCAUCGUGUACCGUGGAUUUUUGAAAACCCCAAAUUUGUUGCUAAUGACUUCAUCUCGGAUAUCAAGCAGGGAACCUGUGGAAACUGCUGGUGGCUUGCAGCGUUGGCAUCUGUACGCCUUCGAAAGCAACUAAUGGAAAAGAUUUGUGUCGCUCGUGAUGAGGAUUGCGCUGUAUAUGGGUUUGUCUUUUAUCGGAACGGGAGGUGGAUCUCAACUGUGGUAGACGAUAACCUUUAUCUUACCGAGGAGGAUUUUAAUCAAGACAUAUACGAUGGUACAGGUAAGAGGGCUAAGCUCUAUAAGAAGCAGAAGCAGACGGGCUCUGAGGCUCUCUUCUUCUCAAGUUGCGGAGGCGCUAACGAGACCUGGGUACCGCGGCUAGAGAAGGCUGCGAAUAGCCCUUCAAAUAUUAUCCUUGACCUAAUGCUGGGUCAAGACCUGAAACUGACACUGAGUCUGAAACUGACUCGGAUUCUGAGUUAG